UCAAAUAGAUGAUACUUACCUUCGUACAUCCCGCCUCUCUGAAAAUGCAAGGAGCAAAUACCCCCUAGCAUUGUUGAAGUUGAUGAAAAGAUAUGCCGAGGAUCGCAUUUGGGCAAAUGAUACCCAAGAAGGCAAGAGUGUGUUGAAGUUCUUAAUUACUUUAAUGAAAGGAAGAAACGGUAUACAAGCCAUGAGAAAAGACGCAAAACGAAGGCUAGGUUUUCUAGACAAAGAAGGAUUCGACAGAUUUGGAAAUAAUAAAUUGUUUGCCCCGCUGAUGAAAUGGGAACGCCUAAAGGAGAACGCAGAAGCCAUCGAAAAAUACGCUAAGGAAUACCAAGACGCUUUUAACAGGAUUCAAAGUUCAAUUAAACAACAAGAGGAUAUUACAGACAUACUGAAGGACUUAGCACCUAAGGCAGCCAGAAUACAGGUCCGCAAUCAAGUAAAACGGCUAAAAGCAGCAAGGGCAGUCGAUGAAAGCCAAAAGAGGCUUUACGUAGAGUCCAUCGCUCAGGUAGAAAAACGCAUGACCAGCACUAUAGAAACGCUCAAGGCCACGCUGGUUGAUUUACAAGCUCAAAAAAAUAUGCAGCAUUUCUUCGCAAUGCUCCAGGGAGUGACAGGCUUCGUGGGUGCUCUUAAAGGAAAAGAUCCUAUUGCUGCACUUAGUUCCGCCUUUAGUCUCAUUGAGAACGAGGCUCUCAGAUGCAACAGAGGUACGCUUCAACAAAACAAGGCAAAAAUAGAAAAAUGGGUGAAAUUUGGAAAGUCAUACGAGGCUCUGGAAGAUUCCAGUGACUUAAAUUUUGACGAAAUGGAUGUACAAUCUGUUCCAGAAAUAAUGAAGAGACCCCAAUAGCCGACAACGUACGCCAGGAGUUUAUUGAUAACCUUUUGAACAUCUACGAAGAACUGGAGAGCAGUUUUUCCAAGCAACUGUACUCGUUCUACAAGGGUUUUGAAUUCCGGUCCUUGUGGAACAUGGACAAAAAGAUGGCAAAGUUUCAGUCUCGCGCUGCAACCCUCACAAAAGGCUCUGGUUAUCUUCAAGGAGUUACCUCCCUAACUAAGGCUUUACAAGAAAUAAAGAAUAUCGAAAUGGCAGCGAGAAGCUGUUUUACCAGUAAAAAGCCCAAAAUUGGUAUACACAAAUGGUCUUUUGACAAGACUAAAGAUCCAACGAUGUUCAAGGAGUUGUACCAAAGUUACACAACGUUUUCCUUGGAUAUGGACCAGGCCUGUAAAGAUUGCUACAAUGUGCGCCUCCUAAAGAUAUAUGUGGAGCUAUACGGUACACCCCAAGAUCCGAGCGUCCCAGAUAAAGUUCGUCUGAAACUUAGACCACUGGGGAGGUCUUACUUCAGGAUUGGCGAUAAGAUCAAAGACUUCCAUCAGCCAAUGGCCUCUUGGCGAUACUUGAGCUUCAAUCGUUUCAAAAUAACUGAUAGUGUCAAGUGCAGACAGGAUGGCGGUUUUUACUGUUUGACAAAAAACGAUCCGCGCCUGACAGGGAUGUGUUGUCACCCACUGAUCGCCGCAACUUGUGAUGACGCUUUGGCGGGGGAAGAAGAAUGUCGAAGUGUGUUUGGAACCUACAACAUUUCCAUACCAGUUGAUCCGACACUGGAUUGCAGUGCACAAAUAACCUACAAAAACUGCAAAAAUCUGAAUCGAGAACUAUUCACCCACAUGAAUGUUUGGACAACUUUCAUGUACUGGCCUGAAUCAUACCCAAGGACGCCGGAGGAUUGUGGGAUUCAGAAGCGCAGUGCGACAGUCGAACCUGAAGUCGAAAUGUUGGAUCAUUCUCUUAUUCUAAGACGAGACGCUGAAGCUGAUUAAAAAACAAAACAAAACAAAACAGAAAGACCCGUACAGAUCUAGAGAGAUCGGUCAUUUAAUUACCCAUAAAAAGAAAUGAACGCAUAUCCUGUCCUAUCCUGAA